ACGUAAUGUGACUUGUGUAUUCACAAUUAUUAAGUGAAAUGAUUUCGAGUUUUUAUGAGAAAAUUAUUGGUACGUCUUCAUCAAUGGAGUCGAACCAACAAAAGAUUCUUUGUGUUGGAUUAGCUUGUCUAGACAUUGUACAAACGUGUAAACAAUUUCCUACGGAAGAUUCUGAUCAAAGGUCUGUAGAAUGUAGAUGGCAAAGAGGAGGUAAUGCAUCUAAUACUUGUACAGUUCUUUCUCAAUUGGGAAGUUCUUGUGAAUUUUUUGGUACUUUAAGUGCUGAAGAACAUUUAAAUUUUUUGCAAAAUGAUAUGCAAAAUUACAAUAUAGAUUAUUCUCAUUGCCCUAUGGCAGAAAAUAUAGGAUGUCCAACAUCUACUGUUAUUUUGAGUUUAAGUUCUGGUACUCGCACAAUUUUACAUCAUAAUCCAAAUCUGCCAGAGUUAACAUUGAAGAAUUUUGAACAAUUACAUUUAGAAGAUUAUAGUUGGAUUCACUUUGAGGGUAGAAAUUUAAGUGAAGUAUUAUCUAUGAUGCAGUGCGUGGAGAAUUAUAAUAACAUGUUGAAUUACAGUCAAGAUACAGACAGCAAAGAAAUAGAUGCAAAUCAAGUGCCAAUUACGAUUAGUGUAGAAUUAGAAUGUCCAAAACAAGAGCUGUUAGAUCUACUACCUUAUGUUGAUGUAACAUUUAUAUCUAAAGAUUUUGCUCAGAGUAGAGGGCAUGAUAACAUGAGCGAAACAUUGAAAAACAUUAGUGAAGAUGCCAAAUCUGGAGCAACUCUUAUAUGUGCUUGGGGUGACAGAGGGGCUAUGGCAAGAACUCCAGAUAAUAUUAUAGUACAAUCUCCUGCAUUUUCACCACAGAGGGUUGUGGACACCUUAGGUGCAGGAGAUACUUUCAAUGCUGCAGUACUGCAUUUUUUAAAUAAAGCAAAAUUGGAAUUUAUUAGAAAAAGAAAGUCAGAUCCAAAUGAAACAAAUAGUUUACAGAAAGAUGUGAAAAUAAGACAAAAUAUUAAAAGGAACUAUAACAUUGAAAGCAUAGAAUGUAGUCAUACAGAAUUUAUUACACAAAAUAUUUUACAAGCAGCUGUAACUUUUGGUUGUCAAGUAGCUGGUGCUAAAGUAGGUUUAAAAGGAUAUACUAAGUUAGAUGAAAUUUUCAAAAAUGCAUUAGAGAGUUAA